AUGCUGCGCAACUUCCCGCAGGCCCGGAGGCUGCUCAGGCGGAUGGGGUUCGAGAAGGAGGACGCCUACUUCUGGAAGCAGAUGGGCAAGGCCACGCUCUGCACCUACACGCUCUUUGGCGUCGCCUGGCUCUGGAACGAGACGUCCCCGCUCGGGUGGUGGACGCUCAAGCCGCGCCCCAAGGAAGAAAAAGAAAUGGCACACCUUUAUGAGCGCAGGAAGUUCCCGUACCCUGGUGAUGAGGAGGCAAUUGAGGAGUUCAUAAAGAGUGGAGGUGCUCUUGGAACCACAAUUGGACCCAAGGGUUUCGCUGAUGCCAAUAUGGAUUCUGAAAACAUGCAGAAGCAGUUGCAGUCUAAAAAGUUUGAGCAGGAAGCACAGAAACUAUGGCUUCGGAUGAGGAAUGAGGUUGUACAGGAGCUCCAGGAGAAGGGAUUUGAUAUUGAAUGA